UCCAUUCCGUGUCCGCCGCCGCCACCAACUCACCAUCGUCCUCGGGAUCCAUCCCGAUUCGCCCACCUCCUCUUCCUUAAAUUCCCCGUCGAGCCAACCGGCUCCUGCGGCCUUCUCACCCUCACCCACUCCUCACCGGCAACUAGCAGGACCGUCGCGUCCCUCUCCUCUAAUUCUUCCCAUGCUUCUUCUUUCCCCUGUCUCUCGCUCACAUCUCUCUCUCUCUCUCUCCCAUGCACAGGAACGCCAGGACCAUCGCGCAGCCAACCCGAGCGCUCGAUCCCAAACGGAUCGAGGCGCUACCUCCAGCCCGCAGCCGCGUGGAGCUCCUCUGCGCCCAUGCUGCACCAGGCCUCGAGCGACCUCGCUCCCCUGCCGUCUCCGGCACCGCGCCCGAACCUGCCCAACCACCCGAGCCGCCUCGAGCUUCCCUCACCUCCACCUCGUCGCUGCCUCGCUUCCCCGUCCGUCUCCGGCGAUCGACUAACGACCAGUUGGAGCACCACGACCGUCGCCUCUCUCUUUCCCUCCUUUUUUCCCCAUCUCUUCAAGCUCUCUCUUUCUCUCAUGACGGCCUCUCGGUGUUAUUCUUCACAGGGACCGACGCCAUAGACACCCGUGCGCUACCCCGAGUCCACCACCGCUGCCGUUUCGCGUCAGAUCCGGCCGGGGACCACCGGAUCUCGCCGCCUCCGCCAUGGACCACCCAUCCCCAGACCUCCUCUGCGCCGCCUUGCCACAGCCUUGCCCUGUCGUCGCGCCUUUCGCCAAGUCCCUGCCGCUGCUCUGCUCUCUGUCGAGCAGAGGACGAGCACCUCGACCCGUACCUCGCUUGGCCGCUCGCACGUGCGUUGACCAGCUCCAGCGCGUGGAUCGCGCCCAGCUUCGCUGCCGAGCCGGCCCAGCAACCGAUCUGGCCCAGCCAGCGCCCUCCUCAUCGACCUGGGCUUGGCCCAUGUGUUGCUUCUUAGUUCCGGCAACGUUGCGAUUGUGAGGAUUCGUUCGACUACGCCCGU